CCAACACAAACAGCAGACAAACAUAUAUACUACAAGAUGAGCGCGUUCAUGGUGUCGCUCGUGCUUGCAGUGCUCACGCUGCCGUCGGCGACAACAACCAUCGCUAGAAGAAACUGCUCCGACGCCUGUGGCUAUGGUGACAUACCUUAUCCGUUCGGACUAGGCCCUUGGUGCUCCUUGCCUGGGUUCAAUCUCACUUGUGCCGUCCACAAGCACACCAACGACAGAUAUCUCCUGCUCGGCAUGGCCAACUCAACCAUGGAGGUGGAGUUCCCCUCCGUGGGUACCAACCCCUUCGUGCGCGCCAGGAUCUCCUACAUGGUGACAAUGAUCCCCAGUGUCCGUGACUACACCAUCCGUUGGGAAGCUCCAGGUAGGCCUUUCGCCAUAUCUGGCUCGUCAAACAUGUCCUUAAUCAUUUUUGGUUGCGGUAUCACGGCCUCAAUGUUCCUUGUCGACAACAACUCGGCCGUCGACGUCGGGAGCUGCUCGGCGAUAUGUGCCCAAGAUGAAAUCAUGGAGAAGCUACCAGAGGGAACAUGCGAUGGCAUCGGUUGUUGUUCCAUCAACAUACGGGUCAACUUGAGGGCCUUCACCCUCAACAUCACACGCAUUGUCGGCGAUUCAGUCGGCUCGAGCAUGGUUCAUGCCUUAGUUGCCAGUGGUAAGUACCAGUUUUACUUCAAGCCAGUCGAUGCCCUAAGAUCGUCCCUGGUACCCUCUCUAGUACCCCAACAAGCUACACUGGAUUGGUCUAUUCCCUACCAUCCCAACUGUAAGCAUGCCAUGGAGGACAGGGCUAGUUACGCAUGUGUUAGUAAGAACAGCAAGUGCCAGGACUCGAGGAUCGGUGGAUAUUUUUGCUCUUGCCUAUGGGGAGAGGGAGGUAACGCCUAUGUCGACGACGGAUGCCCCGAAUACGAACCGCCUGCACCGCUUCCACCACCUCUCCCUUCGCAAGUUUAUGGCUCCAUCCAGCCUGGAACGGACUGUCCAACAUCAUGCGGGAAUGUCAGUAUCCCGUUCCCAUUUGGCACAAAGCUAGGCUGCUUUGCAGCUGUGCAUCUCUACUUAGCAUGUAUGCCAGGGACCAUUCUCCCUGUCCUUGAAUUGACUAGUCGAAUGGUCGUCAGUGACAUAUCUCUUGACGAUGGUGUCUUGCACAUUCAUGAGGAAUCUGAGCCAGAUGAUUUCUUCUCUGGUUCGGGCUCGGAUUCUGCACUCUACUCCUUGGCCGGGAAAUGGGGAGUGGUGAAAUGGGCGGUUGACAAAAUCACAUGUGAGCAUGCAAAGGUAGACAUGAGUGAUUAUAGAUGCUUGAGCUCGCACAGCGAGUGUGUCGAUGUCACCGAUGAUGGAACACUCAAACAUCUGGGUUACCGGUGCAAGUGCUCUUCUGGUUUUCAAGGAAAUCCUUACAUCAAGGAUGGAUGCACAGAUACUAACGAGUGCCUACAGCCAGAUAAAUACAUAUGCAAUGGUAUUUGCCACAAUAAGUUUGGGAGCUAUACAUGCACCAGUAGUGUAAUAUUAGGUGUCAGCAUUGGACUAGGUAGUGGUGGAGGCAUUCUGUUACUUGCCGCUAUUGUUGCCAUCAUCACUAGGAGAUGGAAGAGUAGCGUCGAGAAACAUCUGAGAAAGAGGCAUUUCCGUAAGAAUAGAGGCAUUCUGCUACAACAGCUCACCUCUUCCAACAAAAGUGCCAGCGAAGGCACAAAGUUAUUCUCUCUGGACGAGAUACAACAGGCAACUAACAAUUUUGAGCGCACCCGUGUGGUCGGGCGCGGGGGCCAUGGCACCGUCUACAAGGGCAUCCUGGCCGACCAACGCGUGGUUGCCAUCAAGAAGUCAACCCAUGCAGUGAUGAGCGAGAUCGACCAGUUCAUCAACGAGGUGGCCAUCCUCUCGCAGAUCAACCACCGGAAUGUGGUGAAGCUCCAUGGAUGUUGUCUCGAAUCUGAGGUCCCCCUACUCAUCUACGAGUUCAUAUCCAAUGGCACGCUCUACGACCUCUUGCACCGCCCCUCCCAAUCAAAGCAUGACGAUGGGUUGUCUCCCCUUUCCUGGGAGGAGCGCCUGAGAAUCGCCACUGAGAUCGCCGCCGCACUUGCAUACCUCCACUCAGCGGCGUCCGUGUCAAUUCUACAUAGGGAUGUCAAGUCCAUGAACGUGCUCCUGACGGAAAGCCGCACCGCCAAGGUAUCAGAUUUCGGCGCGUCAAGGCUGAUCCCGAUGGAUCAGACGCACCUUGUGACCACUGUCCAAGGAACGUUUGGGUACCUGGAUCCAGAGUACUACCACAACGGCAUGCUCAAUGAGAAGAGCGAUGUUUACAGCUUUGGGGUGAUCCUUGUAGAGCUGCUGACGAGAAGGAAACCCAUCAUCGAGAACGAGCACGACGAGAAACAGAACUUGUCCAGCUACUUCCUGUGGGCUAUGAGGGAGGGGAGGCCCCUCCAGGAGACCCUGGACGUGCAAAUCCUGUUGGAGGAAGGAAUCAACAAGGAAAUGGUCCUGUGUGUGGCUCGGUUGGCGGAAGAGUGCCUCAGUCUCACGCGAUGGGGCAGGCCUACCAUGAAAGAUGUGGAGAUGAGGCUGCAGCUCCUUCGUGUUGCACGGAUGGCCGGCCAGGACCAAGUGGUGCCACGGCGGCAUUAUGGUGCCAUUGUUCCCGUGAUUGGUGAGCAAGGCUCACGACAAUUCAGCCAAGAGAAGGAGUUUAUGUCGUCUCUACGUGUACCGCGCUAGUUUGUAUACUCACGAGACAUAUGCAUACUCUUAGGACCCCUUUUGAUUGCACGAUUCC